GGGCUGGGCUGGGCGGCCGAGGAGACGGACUCCACUGACGACAGCCUGUCCCUGCGGGUCAGCACCUCCCCCACCGCCGUCAUCGGCAAGUACCGCUUCAGCGUCAAGACCCGGAGCCGGGCAGGCGAGUACCAGAUGCCCUUCGACCCCCACAACGAGAUCUACAUCCUCUUCAACCCCUGGUGCCGCGAGGACGCCGUGUACUUGCCCCAGGACGACUGGCUGGAGGAAUAUGUGCUCAACGAGAGUGGGCGCAUCUACUACGGCACCGAGAGCCAGAUCGGGGAGCGCACCUGGAACUACGGGCAGUUUGACCGGGGGCUGCUGGACGCCUGCCUGUACAUCCUGGACCGGCGCGGGAUGCCCCACUCGGGGCGCGGGGACCCCAUCAGUGUCUCCCGCGUUGUCUCCGCCAUGGUGAACUCCCUGGACGACAACGGGGUGCUGGUGGGGAACUGGACGGGCGACUACUCGCGGGGCACCAACCCCUCGGCCUGGGUGGGCAGCGUGGACAUCCUCCGGCAGUACCACCGCACCGGCUACCCCGUCCUCUACGGCCAGUGCUGGGUCUUUGCCGGCGUCGUUACCACCGUCCUGCGGUGCUUCGGGAUUGCCACACGCACAGUCACCAACUACAACUCGGCCCACGACACGGACGUCAGCCUCACCAUGGACAUCUACUUCGACGAGAACAUGAAACCGCUGGAACGGCUCAACGCCGACUCCGUCUGGAAUUUCCACGUGUGGAACGACUGCUGGAUGACCCGGCCCGACCUGCCCUCGGGGUACGACGGGUGGCAAGUGGUUGAUGCCACUCCCCAAGAGACCAGCAGUGGUAUCUUCUGCUGCGGACCCUGCUCGGUGCAGGCCAUUAAGAACGGGCUGGUGUACCUGAAGUAUGACGCGCCCUUCAUCUUUGCUGAGGUGAACAGCGACAAGGUGUACUGGCAGCGCCAGGCCGACGGCACCUACAAGAUCGUCUACGUGGAGGAAAAGGCCAUUGGGCACCUGAUCAGCACCAAGGCCGUGGGCUCGCAUGAGCGUCACGACGUCACCGAUAUCUACAAACACCCCGAGGGCUCGGAAGCGGAGCGGAAGGCGGUGGAGACAGCGGCACGGCAUGGCACCAAGGCACACAUCUACAAGAACAAGGAGUGGGGUGAGGACGUGUCGCUGAGUGUGGAGACCUCGGAGGCCGUCAUGGGCCAGGACGUGAGCGUCCAGGUGGCCCUGAACAACCGGGGCAGCAGCAGCCGCAGCGUGGCCCUCACUCUGCACCUGGCACCCAUGUUCUACACGGGCGUGACGGGGAGCACCUUCAAACAGGAGAGCCGGCAGGUGGAGAUCCCGGCGGGAGGAGCCCAGUCCGUCCGCAUGGUGGUGUCCUACGCCGAGUACCAGCCCCACCUCGUUGACCAGGCUGCCCUCAUGCUCAGCGUCUCGGGGAAGGUGGCUCAGACCGGGCAGGUACUCGCCAAGCAGCACAGCUUCCGCCUUCGCACGCCGGACCUGACGCUCACGGUGCUGGGCCCAGCUGUGGUGGGGAAGGAGACGCAAGUGCAAGUCGUCUUCAAGAACCCGCUGCCCCAGACACUGAAGAGUGCUGUCUUCCACAUGGAGGGGUCGGGGGUGUCCAGCCCCAAGGCCACCAACAUAGGGACCAUCGGCGGGCACCAGACGAUCUCCUUCCGCCAGACCUUCGUGCCGCUCCGGGCCGGGCGGCGCCAGCUGGUGGCCAGCCUGGACAGCCCGCAGCUCUCCCAAGUCCACGGGGUGGUGACCGUGGAUGUGGCCCCGGCUGCAGGGAGCCAGCCGGCCCCUGCUCGCAGCUCCCCAGCCCGCAACUCCCCAGCACGGGGCUCCCCGGCCAGGGGCUCCCCAGCGCGGGGCUCCCCCUCGCGCCAGCCAGACCCCCGGAAUUCCCCCGCCCGGAACCGAGAGCCAGGCCGCGCCGGCUGAGCCCCACAGGAGGCAAAGGGGUGCUCUGUGCCGCGGGCAGGAGCGGGGUCUGGGUGUCUGUCCACCUCCCACCACCUCCAGCAGUGUUGAAAUGCAGCUCCAUUCAUCCACACUCCCCCUUCAUCCCUCCCUCCCCCUCCCUCCACUCAUCCCUCUCCCCCUCCAUCCCCCCACACCUGCCCCCAUCUCUGUCUCCAUCCAUCCACCCCCCCAGCCCCUCUCUGAAGCCCCCCCAGCUGCCAUCCCCCCUGCUGCUGACCUAUCGCCCCUGCUUUCCACCCCCCAACCCUCAGACAGAGGGAACAGCUCUUCCGGGACUCCGGGGUUCCCCCUUAGCUGCUUCCCCCCAGCAGGCCCCCUGCUACUCCCUGCCCCCCAUCCUGGGGGCUCGGGCACGACGGCGGAGGUGGAUCCAGGCCAGGGGUUGAUUUGGGGAUGGGGGGAUCCCCAGCUGGGGAGCUGGGCCUGGGCUGCUCCCGAGCAGGGGGGGGAGUCCGGGGGGGCGUCGGGCUCUGAUCGUUAUUUACAA